AUGGCUCGCCUUCUCUUCUUUAUUUUGGCCGCUAUCAUUGAGAAAUGCGUCAAUGCAAACCGUUAUCCUGCAACAUCACUUGAAAAGCGAGCAACAUGCACUCCUCUCGCGCAGGGCUAUGAGAUGAUAGACGAUGCCCCGGCCAUCAAUGAUGCUAUCAAGAAGUGUGGAAAUGGAGGCACAAUCGCCCUCCCCGCCGACCAAAUCUACAGUAUCCGCUCGCCAAUCGAUUUCUCAACCUGCCGUAAUUGUGACUUCCAGCUUGAGGGUCAACUCCUCUUUUCCUCCGAUCCCGACUACUGGGACAAGCAAAAGGCUAUGAUAUCGAUGUCUGGAGUCCAAGGAGCCAAACUACGAAGCUUGACCGGAAAGGGCCUCAUCGACGGCAAUGCCCGUAUCUUCUACCAACGAAACAGUGACACAUACGGAAGAGGUUUGUGGAAAUCGCCAGUCUUCAACCUCAUUCGGGAGUCUUCCACCAACAUUCUUAUCGACAAUCUAACCAUCAAGAAUAUGCCAUUCCAAUUCUUCCGCGUCGACGAGCGAAGCUCCAAUAUUCGCUUCACGAGACUGAGCGUCAUUGCUGAGAACCAAGCUUGGUAUAUGCCGUGGACACGAUCCGACACUAUUGGGUUCCAAUUUCGCAACUGCUCUUCCAUCACCAUGGAUAGCAUCAACGUAGACUUUAAGAGUGUUGAUACACAGCCCAACGCGGGGGCGUGCGUCGGCAUCGAUUACGGCACCAGCAACAUCAACAUCAACAACAUCCAAUGCAGCACUUUCGACGGUGUCAUGAUAAUGUUCGGUACGGUUGUCGAUGACAAGCCGUUCCCGGCCGCUGGAGAUCAAACCGCAAAGAACAUCUACAUUUCCAACUACACCGCCAAAUCUAUAGUCAACGGCGGAUUCCGAAAUUUACCGGAUUACAACUACCCGGUUGUUAGUAAUCUUACUUACGACGGAGUUACGGUUACAAAUGGGACGUCUCUCAUCGAUGAUCUUUGCUUUAAGCUGGAUAAUGGCCGCUCACCUGGUCAAUGUUCGGUGGCGAGGAGCAUCUAUAAGCAAGCAACUUUCUCAGAUAUCUGGUUCAAGAAUUUCAAGGGGAAGGUUGGUCCCGCAUCCUUGGAUUGCUUUAAUCCUCAGAGCACGUGCGACUUUCACUUUGACAACUGGGUGAACACGACAGUUUUGUAA